GAUAUCGCCUAAAAGUGCAGCGCUAGCAGUAAGAUACUGCUUUGCAGCGCGCAAUUAGACAUCCAGAAGUGUUCAUAGAAAUCUAUUGAACCAGAACAUACUAGUGAAUAUUUUUACUUUAGGCUCUCCAGAAAGAAGAAUCAAUGGCUAAUUUUCUGACCCCCUUGACGAAGGCAACGACGAAGCAAUGCGAGUACAUAGUGAAUGCCAGAAACAGACUCGGAGCCCACGCUAUCUACACGGGUGGCUUCAACGCUAACAAGGAGCGGUACAGCUUAUACCUUCCUUCGACUUUCAGCGCGAGGUUCGCCUUCACUGUCGCCUUUCAGUACGAUGGAGCUGAUCUAGACACAUGUGCCUUAUUCCUAGCACACGAGUUGAAGUCGAGGUCGACAUACCUGAAACUCAUAUUUUCCGCUGCGUAUGAUGUGGAGUACUACCGCAACAAUCAAAAACAAUGGAUAAAGCUACUGGAUAUAAGGACACCAGUGAAAGGCUUUCAUGUGCUCGAAUUCGAAGCCGCUGCGUCUCGUUUGCGGGUACAGAUCGACGGCGAAAACAUGUUUCCACAGGAAAACGUUUACGCAGAAUUGGACUUCAUGAGGUUCUUCCGUACAGGCCCAGUAGGAAACGCGCCGUUUGUAUUUUGGGAAAGUCACUUUACUGCAACCGAAUAUUUCGUCCAGUUUGAGCCAAAGUUUACCUUCGAUCACGACAAUUUGAGCAUCAGAGCAGGAGGAUAUGCCUUUAUACAAGCUCAAUGGCGCAAAGAUAUUAAGUUACCGGAGACAUCCCCUGAAGCACACCUGCUGACACUUACUAGUAGAAACUGGAAUAGAAUUUUGAAACUUUUUUAUUGUGUUUUGAGGGUAUUAAACACCACACAACGACGAAAGUUCAGUUUCAACAUUCAAGUGAUGCGAACACGUUCCUUCAAUAUUAUUCCUAUAUCGCGAACACACGUGCCUCCUAACCAGCCGAUGUGACUCAGCGGAUUUGAUGUUGCGCUGUGAUGCACGAGGUAGUGCGAUCAAAUUCAUGCAGCAACGGCAGCAUUUCGACGAGGGCGAAAUACAAACACGCCAGUGUCCCGUGCGUUUUGGGUACAUUCAAGAUCACCAGGUAGUCAAGCUUAAUCCGGAGUUCGCCACUGUACAG